AUCGCACCGGCGCACGCCAGUUGUUAGUACGACGCGAACGCAGCCAAAGUGAAUACGAACAAGACGCCAGCUCAGGGCCGCUGACUUACAAUCCAAACGCACGCACGCAUUCCAGAGGCGGCGGUGGAAUUGAAUCGGCCGCAUGUGACUGUUCCUGACAGGUCACCUUUCUUUCCUUCCCCUUCUCAGCGUUUCUUCUUCCCCUCAUUCUUUCUUUAACCCACGAUGCGAGCCACCCUUCUCUUGGCGUUGAUCGCCCUUUCGGCCACACGGGCCGACGACGUGGACCAACAGAUGUUGGCCAAGUUGAAGACGCAGUGCGAUCAGAAGGUCGAAUGGUCCUGCAUGCAGGAGAAGGCCCUCAGGAGUCUCGUCGAGGAAGACGAAAAGCCAGUCACCGAGUACCUCUCAGGGUACCAAGUCAAGAAGGUUGAAACUGAACACCGGGCCAACCGAAGUCUGGACGACCCUGGACAGUACCUGAUUGACCGCACCUGGGACUACCUGCAGAGCCACGAACUCGUCGUCUCAUUCAACGACCCCGAAAAUGGAGCUCGAACGUUUUCAAAUCCGAUAGAAUUUUUCGCUCGAAUAGCUCGAACGGCCAGCGCCAACACCUUCCUGACGGGAUUCGGUCUCGGCUUUCUGGCUUUCGGCCUCAAGAAGCUCCUGCUGCCCUUCUUCAUCGGCGCCCAGGUGAUCAAGUCCAUCCUGCUGGCCAUUUUCCUGCCCACCCUGUUGACCGGAAUCGGCAAAUUCCUCGGCAAAAGCGGCGCCAGCAUUUUCUCUGCCUCCGCCGGCCACGGCCACAGCGGCGGCGAGGACGAGUUUGACUUCAAGGACAACUUCGACCCCAACUACGAAUCUUCAGGUUCGAGCAACGUGGCCUCCUUCACGUCCUACCCACAGAAAAGAAGGGACUCCCUUUUGACCGCAGGUGCCGGUUAUGGCGGUUUUCCGACCGGGGCUGGAGGACUUGGUGGACUUGGUGGCCUCAGUGGCCUCUACGGAAAGAGGCCGAUCGCCGCGUGGCCCUACAAGCGGCCGGUGAUUCCCGACUACAAAACGUUCGCCCGCGUGCCGGACGCGUCCCUCAUCAUGUCCGGCUUCGACCCCUACUACAGCCCAAUUGUGUCAAGGCUGGACGUCAUUUUCAAGCAGAUGGGCUACGAGAAGAAGGGCGACGAAUGCAAAAAGAGGCUCAUCUGCAACAUGUACCAGCAGCCGGCCAAGUACGCUCCGUACAGCAACCUCGUGUCGGCGCAGCUCAGCAGGGAUCUGAGUGAAUUGCAGAAGCCGACGCAGAACAACAAGGACAGCCUGCGCUUCUUCGCACUGAUGAAGGCGGCCAAGGAUGGUCAGGAGGGUUCGCAUUGCGCCAUCGCCUAUCCCGACUGCGACUCCGAAGACUCGACAGACGAAAUUUUGCACCACUUAGACGGCGCCAAGGCGGAUCAGUCGACCCUGUUCGGCUCGGCAAGCCCUCCAAUGGUGAAGACCUACCACGAGAUCAACAAACUCGUGCAGGCCAGACGCCUGGCCAAACAAAUUGCCCAAGCCGCAGAGGAGGAAAAGCAGCAAAAAAGUGCACCUGCUUCUGCAUAAUUUGAGAAAAUUAUUCUUUUAAAUGGAAAAGAGGCGUUAAUUUAUUUCGGGAUGAGAUUUUGCAAGAAUAGUAAACACACGAUAGAUAAUUUUUAUAUUUAAAAUUCCAUUUUUCUUCCUAUUUUGCAUGUAAAAAAUGAACCUUCUUUUCUUAUUACUGGAAAUUCUUUGACAUUUGAAAAAAAAUUAUGGAAAUAUGCAGAAAUAUGUAAAAGACAAAGAGGAAACAACUUAUUUUUUGUUUGCAACGAGGAAGAAGACGCAGAUGCCAUGGCGAAGAUAAUCAAAAGAAAAUUGGAAAAGUGCGUUGCUCAUGAUAUGAGAGAGGAAGCCUACGUGAAAAAAAAUGGACUUCCGUGUUACGGAAAAAUAACAAGAAUUGUUCUGUGCCAAUACAAAAACACGACGAAUAAGUUUAGUAAUUUAUUUAAUAGCUAUUAAGUCUUAUUUAAUCUAUUAUUUAUUUAUUUAAUAUAUUUAGUUCAAUUUAGUUAAUAAAAAUUACAAAAAAGAGUUAAUUUGUAUCUGCUGCUCACUUUUCUCAUUGUAUGAAAUAAAUCUGACUCUGGGUUUGGAAA